AUAAAUAUGAGAGAUGCCCUCUCAAAAAAAACAAACAAACAAAAACCAGAAGGUCUAUGUUUGAUUUAAACAUAGACCUUUUCAUUUAUUUAAAUCAAUGUUUGAUUUAAAUAUUUCUCAGGCACAGGGUCAUGACGCUGUUAUAGACUGGUGGGCUGGAAAGGGUGGGAGGGCUGCUGAAAGGGGAGGAAAAAGUCUGGGAUUGGUAGGAGCUUGGGCUACAUGUGGAGUGGUGGGGAUCCCUCCCCAGGGCUGCCAGUCCCAGCAGGGCUGAGCCAUCCUGAGGGUGUUGGUGGUGGGAAGUCCCAGGGCUACGUUACCACUGCUGCAUGGAUUACUUGCCCUGGACCCAGGCAGGAGGGGACAUAGUCCAACGAGACAAGACAUUUCACCUUAAGACAUCCCUCUUCACAUCCUGGUGAAGGAAAACUGCAAGUCUCUGGAGACCGUGGCCACCGUCCCCGCAACGAGAUCUCGAAUCCCUUCAGCCGGAAGUAGCCGUACGUGUCGGCGGAAUUAUGGCGGCGUUUGCCGAGCUGCCAGACUCGGUCCUGCUGGAGGUCUUCUCUUACCUCCCGGUUCGGGACCGGAUCCGCAUGUCUAGGGUCUGUCACCGCUGGAAGAGGCUGGUGGACGACCGGUGGCUGUGGCGACACGUCGACCUGACGCUCUACACGAUGCGGCCAAAAAUCAUGUGGCAUCUGCUUCGCCGGUACAUGGCGUCCAGGCUCCAUUCCCUGCGGAUGGGUGGCUACCUGUUUUUAGGCUCCCAGGCCCCCCAGCUAUCUCCUACCCUGAUGAGGGCCCUGGGCCAGAAAUGUCCCAACCUGCAGCGCCUCUGUCUGCAUGUGGCCGACCUGAGCAUGGUGCCCAUCACCAGCCUGCCCUGCACGCUGAGGACCCUGGAGCUGCACAGCUGUGAGAUCUCCAUGGCCUGGCUCGUCAAGGAGCAGGACCCCACCGUGCUGCCCCUGCUCGAGUGCAUCGUGCUGGAUCGCGUCCCUGCCUUCCGGGACGAGCACCUGCAGGGCCUGACGCGCUUCCGUGCCCUGCGCUCACUGGUGCUGGGCGGCACCUAUCGCGUAACCGAGACAGGGCUGGAUGCAGGCCUGCAGGAGCUAAGUUACCUGCAGAGGCUGGAAGUGCUGGGCUGCACCCUCUCAGCCGACAGCACCCUCCUGGCCAUCAGCCUGCACCUCCGAGGUGUGCGUAAGAUCCGGCUGACUGUGCGGGGUCUCUCUGCCCCUGGCCUGGCCAUCUUGGAGGGGAUGCCAGCCCUGGAGAGUCUGUGCCUGCUGGGCCCGCUCAUCACCCCAGAAAUGCCUUCCCCGGCUGAAAUCCUGUCAUCCUGCCUCACCAUGCCCAGACUCAGGGUCCUUGAGCUCCAGGGGCUGGGGUGGGAGGGCCAGGAGGCUGAGAAGAUCCUGUGUAAGGGUCUGCCCCACUGUAUGGUGAUCAUCAGGGCCUGCCCCAAAGAGUCCAUGGACUGGUGGAUGUGACCAUACCACUUGUCCCAGGGACCCAUCUCAGCUUCCACUGAUGAGCCCCAGACCCUCUGAGUAGCACUUUGUAGAGGGCAGGUGAUCAGACUGGGUGGGGGUCUGAAUGCCAUAGAGAGAGAACCAGGGCCUUGGAACCCUCCAGACAAGGGGAGUCACUGUUUGCCAGCUAUGUGGCCUUGGUGACAUCAGCCAAGCUCUCUGGAUAUGGGGAAGACCAUAGCUACCUCAUGGUUAUGUUGUAAAGCCUUACUCUUACCAGCUUGGCCCCAAAAAGUCCCUGAUCAAGGGUCCUUCUCAGGAACAGGACAGAUGCAGAAAGGUGGGGUUAGGAGCUGGGGGGUCCUGAGAAGCUGAGACUGCUCAGGAGACCUGGAAUGACCCAUGCCUGUGCAACCCCAUGCAUUGUCCAUAGGCCUACAUGCACGUAAGGGAAGCAGAGAGAAAGGCAAGUGAGACUUGCACUUUUAUAAUUAAAAUGUUAGUGAAGGUUUUACAUGCUAUUUUCUGUAUUUGGUGUUCUGUAUUUUCCAAGUUUUCCACAAUGUAUGUUAUUUUGCUAUUAAAGAAAAUACAUUGUGUUU